UCCCUGAUUUACACGACUGUAAAUUAUAAUUUUUCAUAACGGUUCGAAAAUUAUAUAACGAAAAUGUACGGCCCUGCCUUAAUUGAGUGUCAAGCGCAGUAAAGAAAACGACAAGGGGCAAACGUUAUAAAUAUUGUCCUGGGAAAUUUAUUUUUUUAGUAUCUGUACAGACGAAAGGAAAAAAUCUCUAUGUUUGACAGGAAUUUUCGUGCUGAGGUAGCAGCGUAUUUGUUUACCUCUAUUAUAAUUAUCAUUCACAUGAAUUUACCAAAGCUCAAUUUAAGAUCAAAAUAACUUUAUGGUGUGAGAAGUCAGCAUUGAAGAAAAUUUUUUGAAUAAGUCUAUUGAGCUGUAAUUAUCAAUAUGAUCUUUCGAGCUUGAACAGAACGAUCCAGCGUGCUGGCUGCCGAAGCAAUAAAUCAUUUCGCAUAAUUCACACCGAGGAGAUGUCGCUUAAUAUAUAUUUCAUUCCACCUCACUUUCAAGCAUGACGAAUGACAAAAAAUAACUAACUUGAAAUUCGUAAGCAGACUUGAGACUUAAGCAAAGUUAUAAACUGUUAAAUGGUCAGCUCUGUCAAUAGCGAUUCUUUGGUGAACCGGUGUCGGCUGUGUAAAUAGUGAUUCUUUGGUGAACCGGUGUCGGCUGUGUAAAUAGUGAUUCUUUGGCUACAAGUAUAAGUGAUAAAUAUAUGAGGUGGGGCAUAGGAGUAUGUGUGAUGAAGAAAAAGUAAGCAUUGUAGUGUUUGACAAGAGUAAAUUUUCAUUACACGCUGCUCUGAAUCGCAAAUUAAUAAAGCCAUCUAGGUGAUGUGGUUCGUAAAUUUAACAUUGAGAGACAAUUUAAAUUUAAUUUAUGAAAUGCUUUGAUGGACUUCAUGUUGUAUUCCAAGGUAUAGUCCAAAAAUUGAAGUCAAAGACUGACAUUAUUUAGGAAAUAGUUAUUAAAACUAUUAUUUUCUUCAAUAUAUUCUUCGAGCAUUUCAAAUAAGGACUCUAACCCUGGAAAUGUACUUGGGUAACGACAUGGCGCACACGGCAACAGGUGACACGAUGUUUGAUGGCAAAGGUUCGGCCGACACCGAUAGCAAGAAUAGUUCUGAAGGCAACAAAGAGGCUUUAAGUUUAAAUGACAGCAAUGCCUACGGCUGUGCCGAUUCCGACACAGUCUUGACAAUCCCAACCACUAAGAGAAAAAAUGCCGAUGUCACAAAGUUCUACAGAUACGAAGUGAAGAAACACAAGAAAAUGGUACGAAUACUCACGGUUGUGGCUUACGUCAUUUGUGUGUCAAUGGCGGCAAUUAUUUUGUCUCUAUAUUACGUGUUUCUCUGGGACCCUAACAUGACCAAAUACAGAGGCAUGCAUCUGGGUACGACUGAAUGUGAUGAUUUGAUCAAGAAAGUCAAAACAGAUGCAGAUUUUCUAAUUUUGGACACGACGGACAUCUUGCAUCGCGCUGAUCAGCUCAAGGAAGACACACAACGUCUCGUGCUGUGCGCCGCCAGCGCCAAGGCAAGCAACGCGACCGACGCCGCUGCUUCUGAUCGCGCUGCUGCCGGGCACUCGCCAGAAGCUGUGGGAGAAGUGGAGAUGCCGCGAGCGGAGGCUUGGACGUCGCAGGGAAGCCCUGCCAGUCAAAACAACUCAACUUCCAGAAAAUUUCAGUUCACGAGGAAAAACAUUUCAAAGUUUGAGGAGUAUCCUGGCCUAAACUCUGGUGCUUACCAGUCUCGGUUGCGUAGCUUUGGGUUAUCUUCUGGAGUUAUAAAAGAAGUAAGAACUCGCCCAAUGACUCCUGAUUUUCUUCAUCUUGACAACACCCAAAAAUUUCGACAAAAUUUUUCUCAGGUUAGGACAGUGGAAAACCAACAGGAAAGGACGAGCAUUCUUUUAAAAGAUUAUCGUAGCCUAAGGAAGGCUUUAGAACCUUCAGGAAAUGAACGAACCGAGGGAAAAGAAUUAUAUCGAAAAGAAUUUCCGGUGCAAAACAGAACAAAAAUUGAUUCCGAAAAUACUCCAAUUGCUGGUCGUAGCAACUCGGUGCCAAACGUACUUGUUUUUACAACGAAUCAAAAACACGAGGGAAAAUUUAAUAGUUCAGACGGGGGAAGUCUUUUGAAUUUUGAAAAAUACGGCAAUAUAUCCAAAAUUUACUUGAAAGAAUCAAAUUUGCACAAUUUCACUUCAAUGCUUAAACAAGAGGAGGUUAUUAAAAAAUACGACUCCACCAAUUCAAAUGUUGAACCGGUAAAAGAAGUAUAUAAAUACCAGCGAUUCAAUGUUGAACCGUUAGAAGAUGUAAACAAACACAAGGGAUUUAAUGAGGUAGUAAAUAUUGUUUUCGAUAGUGAUGAUGAUGUUAGAAAAAAUAUCCCUGGACCUGGUCAAGCGCCUCUAUACGCUUCCUACUCACCAUCCCACAGAAGCAGAAAAAACAAUCCGGUUUUCCGGAUGAUCUCGAGACACCCACUUGAGAGAACUGGUAUGUUCUCUCUCAACUCGAGUGAACAACAUCGCGUAGACACUCAAAAUGGGUCUGAAAUCAACGCUUCCCACGUGAACCGCCACGUCAAAAAUAUCAAAGGUGAAAACAACUCCGUGGAAUUUUCUGCCAGUCGAACAAUCACUACCACUACCAAUUACCAAACGAGACCUGAAUUUUAUACUGAAUUUCACCGUACAAAAAAUCCGUAUCAAUUGAAUCAAGAUGUCGGCCAUGACGCCUCAGAGUUUGCCAACACAGGAAAACUUCGUGUGGCUAGUAAGGCUCGCGUAAAAUCAGAGGCCGAGCCACGUUCGGAUUUAAUUACUGAAAAAGCUACAGAAUUCAAAGAUGCAAAUCGUCUUCAAGCGACGGAAAAUAUUCCUGGUGCUCCAUUAACAAAAAUUUUCAGAAUUAUGGAUUACGCUGACGAUGUUUUUGAAGACACAAUAGAAUAGUUCGAAAGUUGUGGUAAGGUAUAACUAUAGUGCAUUUAUGAGGGGUAAAUGAUAUCUACUUCACGACCACCGAACGAAAAAUUUUAUUUUUAAUUUUAAAAUGAUUGUAUUUGAAAUUUAUGCUUUUGUAAGAUUUCUAUUUUACACCUUGAGGCAAUCAUGUUAAAGGAUUUGAAUGACGAGCGUUUUUAGGCGACCAGAAUUCGCGGUGAGAACUUGAUUAAUAUCUACCAAUAUAUAUUAUUUGAUUGUUUUGUUUAAUGGCUGGUUUAAUGCUAUUAUCUUUUCCCUGGACCUAAACUGUUCAAAAUGCAUCCUUUAUAUUGUAAACAUAAUACUGUUUGCGCUUAGCAAUCGCGAAAUAUUUUCCUUCUCAUUCUUCUUGAAUUAACUUUAGCAUCUGCAAUGUGUUAAUUAUCUUAAAAUGAUUGUUAUUCUGUAUAUUUUUAUCUGAAAAUGUUUGUAGAAAUGUAGGAUUUUCAAAACAAUUGGCGAGUUUUUCAUUUCGAAUGAAUCAACGAGUUAUUUCGUUUCGAAUGAAUCAACAGCAACGGCUAUUACUGUCAAGUGUGAACUCAAUAUAAACCUAACCUGGCAAGGAAAAUCGAAAUAAGGCGGAAUUUUAAUUAGUUAAAUGUAACUCUGCAAGAAAAAUUUAUUUCUGCCUAAGCCAUUCUUGGGAUACAUCAGGCAAUGUUGCAGCGCUUGACUUAGAGUUAAGAUAACGGCGCUGAUGUGAUACAUUUUAGAUCUGUAGGUGCAGAAACUGCAGGGAGUUUCAGUUCCGCUAAAACACGGUUGUAGAUUAUAUUAGAAUCCUGUUAAGUUCCUGAAUUUAAUUCGUAAUUUAUGCAUUAAGUGUGAUUUGAGAAGUUCAGAAGUGAACUAUACCUUUAUUUGUUAUUGAUCGUAAGGUAAGGAAGCAGGUUAUGGCCAGCAAGAGCAUUAUUCAAUUUUCUGGCCUAAUGCCGCAUACUAUUUCUCGAGACUCCUUAUUCAUCGUAAUUAAGUAUAUAUGAAAUUCAUACAUUUGAACGCGUUAAGUUGGCAGCGGUUUGAGUUUAAAUAAAAUUUAGUGCGUUUCUAAGCAGGGUAAGAAAUUUUGUGAUUCUGAUAUUUUUUCGUAAGAUCCUUAUUUUUAACACUGGUUUUAUCCUAAGUUAUGGACUAAAGUUACUAAUAUCACUUAUACAAACAAUAUAGUUUUUCGCCGUAUAUAACAAUGCACGAAAUAUAUUCAACUGAAGUUAAUGAUCGAUCUGCGCACCUAAACGCUGCGUUUUUAAAGGGUGGUUCGUUAAAGUUAAAUUAUCGACAAAAUUCUUACGUCAACUCAUUCAGUUAUUUUGAAUCACCUGAGUUUGUAUUAUUUCUAAUUAUUGUCAGUUUCUCAAUUCCAAAUGCCAUUGACGUGAGACUAUUCACGCAAUUUUCUGUUUACGCAUUAGUUCCUUGAACUUCCUUGUUAAUAUUAAAGAUUAAAUUUAUAAAUCACGGACAUUAACCUUCAUCGAAAAUUAACUCAAAUACUGAAACAUCCCCGAUUUUAGUCAAAAAUGAAUUUGAAUUCUACCGUCGCAAGUUUUUUAGAUUAAUUCUAUUGCUUUAACGGACAAGGAAAAUAACUGGUAAGAUUAUAUUGGGAAGCGUUGUUGCAGUUGCUAAUGAACUACCAAUAUAAAAAAUGUUCCUUCUACCCUUAUGCUAUUAUUAUUAUUGAUGAUUGUGCAGCAUUUAUGAGACGAGAUUAAAGUUAGUCGGAGCUGUUGUAGUUUUUUGGUUUUUGCUAAGCUAGCAUUUAGAUAGAGCUAGGUGCACCUUUCUCUAGGUAAUCCACAGUAGUACAUUUGAUCUCUAGUUAGAAUAUGUAGUAAAUUAUAUUAAGGAACAUUAGAUUAUUUAUUGAGUUCUUGUAGUGAUGUGCAUCGAACAGUUUAUUUCGUCAUUAGUAGAUAUAAAGAGCUAAAAAAUCGAUACAACUAAUGUCGCUGGACCACCUCAUAAGAAGCACUCAAUUCGGGGUACAGGCUGCGAGGAGUAGACCAAAUAAAGGUGUUAUUUCCAAUAUUUGUUAUAUGCAGUUGCCAGCCUGGUGUUAUUACUUAUUUUAAUGUAGGUUCAUGAAAUUCUAGGCAAGUGGUGUUUACUUCAAUACCCUGCUUGUCUAAUACCGCGCAGGGUGUGCAUCGAUACCCUGCUUAUAUCCACUCAGAAAGCUCAGUAACAUUUAUACGAUGAAGGCUUCACAUUAAAAUCAUAUUCUACAAAAACUUAUGAGGAAAUUUUUACUUAUCCCUUAUGCUUUCACUUAUCCCAUAUGCUUUCACUUAUACCAUAUGCUUUCAAUUAUACCAUAUGCUUUCGGAAAAAUGAUUAUAAUUCUCUUAUAAAUUUAUGUUUGUGUUUAGUUCAUAAUUUUUUCAAAUUUUCAUUGUUCAUACUUUUUGAAUUUAAUCCUUCAAAAAUGAGUCCCUCCCAUCUUACUUUAUAUAUAAUGCAAGGGACAAUACAUAUAAGAGAUACAGUGAAACGCCUUGCCAUGUUUGUAUGCUUUCACUUGCGGUGCAGCAUAAAAAUUAGUACGCGGUGUUAGUAACUAGCUAUUAUGGCCCUCAUGUGCAAGAAAGAUCAUUGUUGCGCUAGCGAAUUUAGAUUUUGGUUGAUUUACAUUGGUCAUUAAUUCUUUAUGUAAAUUGGGUAUUAAAUCUAGAUUUACGUUCAUUAACUCUAGAUUAAUAUUUGUCAUUAGUUCUCUAGUUACACUGGUCAAUAAUUAAUGAUUCAAUUUGAGCAUUAUUUCUUGACUAUCAUUGGCCAUUAAUUCUUGUUUUACAUUGGUCAUUGAUUUACAUUUGUCAAGAGGGUAACGGCCAGCAAGAGCAUUAUUCAAUUUUCUGGCCUAAUGCCGCAUGGUAUUUCUCAAUCCUACUUAUUAAUUAUUAAAGACUCACAAAUUAUUAUAAAUCUGAGUAGAAUAUUCAAAUAAUUUAAAUAACAUGUGCUCAUGACCCCUGCCUAUAUACAACGUUUUAAUGGACGGA